AUGGCUUCCUCUUUCAAUCUCCAAAGCCUCCAUGGCCCUUUCCUCCACAAAACCCACUUUCUUGGUCAAACCACCCUUCUUCACAGACCAUCUUUCAUACUUCAGAAACCACCAUCAACCUUUAAUAGUACUAAUGUCGCUGCCAAGUUCAACCUCUCUGAGAUCUUGGGAGGCAGAGGUCUAUGCAAUGGGGAAGAAGGCCUCCAACAAGAACUGAAAAAGACAGUCUUACAAGAACCACCACCAGUCACCACCAAGGAUCAACAAAAGGAACCACUAUCAACCGGCGAGACGAUCCCGGAAAAUGGGUUUGAAAAGGAGUUACUGGGAUUCACUGGUGGAUUUCCAGGAGGUGAAAAGGGCCUGCAAAAAUUCAUUGAACAAAAUCCACCUCCCAAGAAAUCUUCAUCUGAGGAAUCAGCCAUCGUUGGCUUCAAUCAGAGCUUAGUAAAGAAGCCGAAAUCGCCCGAACUGCCACUGUUGAUGCCUGGGAUGAUUGCUAUUGUGAAGAAUCCUAACAACCCUUAUUAUAUGUACUGUGGGAUUGUGCAAAGGAUAACUGAUGGUAAGGCUGGGGUGCUCUUUGAAGGUGGGAAUUGGGAUAGACUGAUUACUUUCAGGCUUGAAGAGCUUGAACGCCGAGAGAAGGGACCUCCCAUGGUCAGUCCUAGGUCUGUUGUACUAGAAGCCAUGUUAGACAAGAAUCCAUGA